AAGUUGUGUCAAGUAUAGGAACUUUAUCUGUUGGAUGAGCAAAAAAGACAAUAUUUUGACACAAAGUCUAAGCACAACAAACAGGGAAUUUUUGGCUAUAGAAAAGAUUUGCUAUCACUUUCUGUUAAAUGGUUCUCCAUUCCUCCUAUGAUAGACUUCGAGGAUGAUAAGAGCGGAAGAUUUGGAUUUAAUUGUUAGGCUCGAUGGCUCAAAAUACGGCAAGGAAUCAACUGAAAGAGGAACAUGUAUGAAUCGUACGGAAGAACUACUAUAUGCUAUUAAGGAUGAUUUACAAGCUCUACGUCAGAAAUUUCUUUUUGAGAUUGUAACAUGCAAGGACAAUGAAAUUCAGCUGCCGUUAGUAACUUCUUUCCUGCAGAGACAUGGUCUCAUUAAUACUGUCACCUUCAAGGGAAGUGCACUGCAAGAUUCAACUCAAAGGAAUACUUCCAUGGGAAAAAUGUUUCCUUACCGAUAGAGCUAUCUUUUUUUUCUCUUGCUGAUCUAGUGAUAGUUUCUUCCAAGACAUUCAACUAUAAACAAUGUCCGAAAACAGCUGAAACAGUUAUGAAAACGAGCAAUAAGACAUGUACAUUUUUUUGUCUUUCAUGACGCCUUGGUGAUACUAUCAUCACUCAAUUUCAUCAAGAUGUAAGCUUACCACUUUUAUGACAGUUUUAGAAGUACCACUUUGUAAUAAAUGUAAAAUGAAAUUUCAUGUUUUUUUAUAAUUAAAAACUAGUUGAAUCAA